AUGCAGCUUGCCAGCAAGAACCAGGUCGCCAAGUACUCGAGUACCGUUCUUGCACUUGAGCACAGUCCUACAUCACAUUAUCGCCCGAGCUACAAUCAGCCUCCAGCCAACGAGCCGGUCGCAGGCGAGGGAGGAAGUAUCUUCCUGGUCUGUAUCGAGUAUCGACUGCUCAUUGGCCCUGGCGGACCUCCGUUCCACUGCCAAAUGCCAACUGUGGAAUUGGUGAGUCGGGCAUUGCUUCCCUAUGACCUCAAAUCCACGUCUCUGCCAAUGACCGCGCAAACAGUCUUGUGUUUGCGCCUCCCGGAAGAUGUGGUAAGAUGA